AUGGCGAACAGCAAAUACGAAUAUGUGCGCCAGUUUGAGCAGCCCGAUGCUUUACUGGCCAAUACCUGGAUUGUAGUACGGAUAGAUGGACGUGGCUUUUCCAAGUUUACGUCAAAGUAUGAGUUCGUCAAGCCGAACGAUAAGAAUGGGCUCGACGUCAUGAACGCUGCAGCCCAGGCUGUCAUGAAAGAGUUGCCUGACCUUGUCCUUGCAUUCGGUAACAGCGACGAAUAUAGUUUCGUCUUUCACAAGGACUGUGCCUUAUUCGAACGACGAGCAAGCAAGCUCACUACGACAAUUGUGUCGACAUUUACCUCGUACUAUGUGUGGUCCUGGUCUACAUACUUUCCGGAUAAGCCGCUUACACCUCCUUUGCCCUCGUUCGAUGGACGUGCAGUGUGCUACCCAAGCGACUCUAAUCUUCGGGAUUACAUGAGCUGGCGUCAAGUUGACUGCCACAUCAACAAUCUUUAUAACACUACUUUCUGGACUCUGCUUCAGCAGGGUGGCAUGGGAGCUAGAGAAGCAGAACAAAGACUCAAGGGAACAGUUUCGUCCGAUAAGAACGAGAUUCUGUUCAAGGAGUUUGGAAUCAACUACAACAACGAACCGGAGUGCUUCAAGAAGGGCACGGUACUAUACCGAGACUUCUUCCCUACUCCACCGCCGGUCGAGCAGAUAGCGUCACCUGUGCUGGCAGACUUUCCCACGCCACCUAUAGCUCAGCCAACACCAAAGCGAGCAUCCGGUCACCGGGCAUCCCAGUCUAUCGAGAGGGCCAUCCCAUAUCUUCCAGAUCAAAAGGAAUUGAUGGAGUCUCCAGAGCUUUCACCUACCCUCAUUGACGCCUUUGCCUCUAUCUCCACCAAUAUUAAAGCCAAGCAGCAAGCCACCUCUGUCAUUGAAUCAACCAAAUCCAACAACACGCACCAAUUUCUCACCGGUGACACCACAGGGCGACUUCCCCGCAGAUUUUCCCAUAGCUGGCUACCGUCAUCAUACGAAUGCAGCGGUCAGCCAUGGAUUCUCGCACUCUGCAUCAGCUUCUUUGACGACGUCAUACCCACCCCAGGUGAAACCCUCUCGGCUCAAACAACGAUCACCAAGCCAGCCUUCGCUGCCGACAUAUUUUGCGUCAUCCAGUACACCUGCACCACCGAAACCGCCAUCUAUACCAUUGCUAAGCCGCGCAAGCUAUCCUUACCGGUCCAUCGAUCCACUACGACACUCAAAGCUACACGAGAUAGUUUCGAUGAGAAAGAGAGUGUAGUCAGCCCUCGAGACACAACAUCCACGCCACCCCGUAAAGUCAGCCCACCAAUACAAAAGAACAAGGCUCUACCAAGUCCCCCAAUGAGCGCAGAGGAAGAGAUGCGUACGCGAGAAAAGGUCAAGGGAAAUAGUCCACAGCAAGAAUGGAACAGGUAUGCCAUUGCAUCCACCAAUGGAACUGAGUCGCCCCAACGAAGAACUAGCGAUUCAGACAACAGAGGCGGGCACGUCUGGGGUCAGGGAAAUGUCUCCCACCCGGGCAUCGCGGAACUCCACGCUGUUUCUACUCCAACGCAUUCUGCGCCUACAUCAGCAUCAUUGCAAUACCCCUAUUCGAGCCCAGACAUCCACACCCUUCUAUCCUCGACAACAUCAACAGGUUCAAGUUCCCAAAAUUACGCCACUUCCCAUCCCUUGCCCAGUAGCCGGCCGUCUACCGGCCGCAACAAAGAUGUCAACCGACCCAACCCCUCAAAGUCAAACUCCUCCAAGACUAAACCGGACAAAGGCAAACAGCCACAGCCGGAAACUGGAAGUCGGGCCGUAGUUGCUAAUCCCCAACAAACCAAUGAAGGUCGUCCGGUACACAUGAGUCGUACGCAAAAAGAUAAAGACAGAAAAAAGAGGAGCAAGGCGACUGUGCUCAUGGAACAUGUUGAUAUCAUCAAGGAUGAGUUCUGGGAGAAGAGGCCCUGGAUUCUGAGUGGGAAGACAGGGUGA